UGUAAUGGCUUAUUCAGAGCCAAGUAGUAAAUGCUCUUAUGAAAUAGAUUUUAAUUGGAUUGAGUACCCUCAUGGAGCUUUUCACGAUUGUAUUGGCGGUGAUAUGCAGACAGUUUUCCCAAAUAAGGCAGCAAAUGAUAUAAUAUUCUUUUUCUUCCAUUGUCAUAUUAAUAAAAUUUUUGUAGAUUGGCGUCUAACUAGACAAACCCGUUCCCAACGGGAAAAUGUUUAUCCAGCCGAUCUUGCUGAUUGUGAAAACCCCGCACACUUUAGAAAUGCGACGAUGUCACAAUUUGCUGUAAAUCAAAUAAAAAUUAUUUUUUUGAAUUUUAUUAUAUUAUUUAAGCCGUUUAAAAAUAUCGAUGGACUUAAAAAUGAUUAUACUGACAAUAUGUACGAAUACGUAGAUAAACCUAAUUGUACUGCUACUACAGACUGUGGCUCUAGAUUUUUGUUCUGCGAUCGUUCUACUGAUGCUCCUCGUUGUCUUUCGAAGGUCCGUCCUGGCGGAAAUUGCAAAGGCUUCCCUAACGGUGAGUUUAAAAAUUAG